AUGAACGAAUUGUUUGAUGCUAAUGCAACGAUCUUGCACUUGGUGCCCAAUACCCUUCCUGGCUUGAUUGAGAGUAAACCUAUUUACGAAAUAUUGCUCGAGUCUAUUGACGAUGAUUCGAUGAGAAAACAACUACUUGAUAUAGACCGGUCGUUGACUGAGCUAACCUUUGACAAGGACAAGGCGGUGGUUUUGACGAUGUUAUUAGGACCUAAAUUCACCAAUGCGUUGGAUAUUGUGAUGAAUCUGGAAAUUACUGGCGAUUUAUCGAAUCUAACUAUUACGCCCGUUGCCAAGAGAGAUGUACCGCAUUUAUUGUCUAAAGUGGGACUUUCUAAAGACAGUUUACAGUUGCUAAAUCGCGAACGAGGGUUGGCUACCCAUACAGAUAUGACAAACUGGUACUGUGAUUGUGCUGAGUAUCAAGAAUGCUACUCUAACGAUAUGGAUAUCACAACUAUAGCUGGUGAUUCGCUAGUGCAUCAACUCUUGAGCGAGCUGAAAUCUCGUGUGUUAUCUCCGGUUCCCGUGUGUAGUCACAUACUAGCUGUAUUAAUAAUAAAAUACAACUCACACAUGUUCGAGAUUGAUCUAUGUCGUGUGUGA